ACUCCGAACAGAGACACACGUGGUUGAUCGUCUCGUGCGCAGCCCGUGGCCUCUCGCUUGGAAGCGCUUCAAAACUGAAAUCUCCGAGGGUUCCGCGUGCUGACAUCAAGUAGCUGAGUUUUCCCGUGUUCUCCGGUGACUUGACGCCUGUCGUCGGGGCGUUCGAUUAAAACCGAUGGCACCUAUUCUACAUGUGCUCUUCGAGCACGCAACAGGCUAUGCGCUGUUCGCGGUCAAGGAGUUCGAAGAGGUGUCGGCGUUCUUGCCUCAGGUUGAGAAAGCGAUUCUCGAUGCGAGCAAGUUCAAGUCAUCGAUAGUUUCCUUGGUCGCGUUCUCUCCUUUCAAAACGGCAGUCAAUGCAUUGGAGAACAUCAAUGCAGUUUCCGAGGGUGUCGUACACGAAGACCUGCAGCUCUUCCUGGAAACCAAUCUUCCGAAGAAGAAAUCUAAAUUCACGCUCGGUGUUGGAGACGCUAAGCUCGGAGCCACCGUGAACGAAACUUUCGGCUACAGUUGCCUGCACGUCGGCGUCGUUCCCGAAAUCCUCAGAGGGAUCCGCCUGCACUUCCCGAAACUCGUUGAGGAUCUCACCGAGUACAAUUGUUCGAAAGCUCAGCUGGGUCUCGGACACUCGUAUUCUCGUUCCAAAGUGAAGUUCAACGUGAACCGAGUCGACAACAUGAUCAUUCAGAGCAUCGCUAUCCUCGAUCAGCUGGACAAGGACAUCAACAUUUUCGCCAUGAGAGUGCGAGAAUGGUACUCGUAUCAUUAUCCGGAGCUUGUCAAAAUCGUGUCCGACAAUCAUCUCUAUGCGAAGGUCGCCUUGGUGGUGAAGGAUCGCAAGAACCUCGAAAACGAAGAGGUUCAGCAAAAGGUUGAGGAACUCCUCAUGGACUCGGUGAAAACUCAAGCAGUCGUCGAUGCGGCGAGAGCUUCGAUGGGAAUGGACAUUUCGCCGAUCGAUCUGGCCAACAUAGAGCUCUUCGCAUCCCGCGUUAUUUCGCUCAGUGACUACCGCAAACGUCUCAUGGACUAUCUGCGUCUGAAGAUGCAUGACAUCGCGCCGAAUCUGACCGCGAUCAUCGGCGAGAGCAUCGGAGCCCGGCUUAUAUCGAAGGCCGGUUCAUUAAUCAAUCUAGCAAAGUACCCCGCGUCGACAGUGCAAAUCCUCGGCGCCGAGAAAGCCCUUUUCCGCGCCAUGAAAACUCGCGGAAACACUCCGAAAUAUGGCCUGUUGUUCCAUUCGACGUUUAUCGGCCGAGCUCAGAAAAGGGACAAGGGUAGAAUCGCGCGCUACGUUUCGAACAAGUGUUCUAUCGCGUCUAGGAUCGACUGUUUUACCGACGAGGCGAACUCGGUAUUCGGCGAGAAGCUACGCGAACAAAUCGAGGAGAGACUCAAAUUCUACGACACGGGAGAUGUUCCUCGUAAAAAUCAGGAGGUCAUGACAGAAGCCGAAGGAGAAGCUAAAGCAGCUCUCAAGGCCGCUAAGAAACAGAAGAAGAAGGAGAAAAAGAAAAGGAAGCAUAGUGAGUUAGAGAACGAACCCAAUGGGAAGGAGAAUGGACAGGAGAGCGUAGAGCCCAUGGAGGAGGAGGCUCCCAAGAAGAAGAAGAAGAAGAAGUCCAAAAAAGUUGCGAAUGAGGAUGAGGAUUGAGACAUUACUACAGUAAAGAUUGGUGGUUCAAGAAUAAAUGAGACACCGUUCACGUGUCUCCGAUGUUA